AAUGUUAUCCAGUUGAAAAAAAAUGACAAAAUGCAUUUUAACGGGCACACAUUUAAUUUGUAUUUAUUAGUACGUACCUCCUCACCUUCCACACAUAUGUGUAACCCCGAGCAAUGUGUUUGCGCGCGCGCACGUGUAAUAUGUACAUUCGUAUGGGUUAAUGUGACACUUUUAAGUGGCCAGAGGUGGGAGUUUACGCCAGUGGACAUAUUCCAACAAUUCACUCGUCAGUGCCAGCUUCUCUGUCUAUUCGUUAAUGUGUCAUUUCAGUCAUGACGCGAGCUCGUCAAACUGUUUUAUCUCUCCCGAGAUCGAAAGAUCCCAAUGGACGACGCAAAUCUAGCUCGGAUGCGAGCAGCUCCACUCGGCAAAAACUGGAUGAGACGACAACUGUACAAAGAUAUUUCGUGGAAAAGUCAGGAGAGAGCAUCCCCGACGAGAGAGUUUGAGCUCGUUGCUGCUGUGCUAGAAGUGAGCAUCGUUCGAUCCUCGUCGAGGAGUUACAUCUUGAAAACAAUUGACUAGUGGAGCAACGACAAAAACGCCGAAAUGUUGAGAGCGAGAUUAUUCAAGUUGUGGGAAAGCGUGCGCAAGAGGCCACGGCUAUUUCUGCUGGGUGCACCCUGCCUCCUCGUGCUCACGCUCUACUUCGUUUCCGGAAAGGAACUCGAGUUCGAAGGCUUCCUCUCUCUCAGGGCUUACCCCGGUGGCGAUGAGAUCGCCGAUGGAUACCUCGUUUGGAAUCCAAAGUGCCACAUGAUCUCGAAAGAUCCGCUAGACUGGACCAUCAAGAAAUAUGUUACGAAGUAUAAAUUCGAGGCUUGCUCUUCGGAACCGCUCAUCAGUAACGUUACGAGGGAUCCACUAAAUGGCAGUGUCAUUUUGACCGUUAACACCGAAUCCACCGAGACUCGGAAGCGCCCCACUUGCUGCUGGAGCCCCAUCUCUCGACCUGCGCCUCCUGACCCCCCGACGGGCGACUGGGAUUCCAAAAUAACCGUUGGAAAAUGCAUCGAGCUGUCGGAUCGUGUGAUUUUGUCACCCGAAAUUGAAACCGUGAUGGUGACCUGUCGUCGUGGGAAAACAACGAUUUAUAAAAAUAUCCAUGCAAUAAUAAAUCCAGCCAAGGUGCAACAACGUUUGACACAAGUUGAUCGAGAGGAGGAUGAGGCGUCGAGCAAAGAGAAAAAUAGAAAAUUGAGCAUACUCAUGCUCGGAAUCGACAGCGUGUCGCGUUUGAAUUUCAAAAGGGCUUUGCCAAAAACCGAAAAAUAUCUUCGUGAAAAGGAUUGGUUUCAUCUUCAGGGUUACAACAAAAUGGGAGAAAAUACAUUUCCAAAUUUGAUGGCGAUAUUGACCGGGAUGAAUAACGCUGAUGCUUACGCCAAGUGCAAACCAACGGUUCCAUACGGCCUCGACAAUUGUCCGAUGUUGUGGUACGAGUUUCGAAAUUCGGGUUACGUUACCGCCUACGGGGAAGAAGUGGUUACCCUGAGCACUUUCAACUACCACAAAGUAGGCUUCGUAGAGCCCCCUACCGACUAUUACCUCAGACCUUAUACGGUCGCUGCGGAAAAGCUGCUUAAAGCUAAAAAACGUUUUGGCAGUAAAUAUUGCACGGGCCCGGAAGUAAGCGUCGAGAGAAUAUUCAAUUACGCCUUCGAAUUCGCACGGACCUUCAUGGGCUUCCCGUAUUUUGGUUUUUUUUGGACGAAUUCGGUGAGCCACGAAGACUUGAACGGAGUUUCCUCGAUGGACGAUCGGCUUCGGUACAUGUUUGAGAAAAUGGAAAACGAGGCUAUUACGAACGACACGAUGAUCAUUUUCUUGAGCGACCACGGUAUGCGUUGGGGAGGAAUACGGCAAACCUUCGUCGGCUGGUACGAGGAACGUUUGCCCUUUAUUUACGUCAAAAUACCUCAUUGGUUUCGUCAACGAGAGCCAAACGCUUACGAAGCGAUGCGACUCAAUGAGAAUCGACUAACCUCGCCUUACGACAUUUACGAAACUCUCCGCGACAUUCUCAUCCGCGCUGGCGGUUCGGUUAACGCUAGUACCGGCUGUCCGACCUGCCAAACUCUCUUCAAUCCCGUCCCUCAACAACGAGGCUGUUCCGAUGCCGGAAUUCUGCCCCAUUGGUGUACGUGCAUGGCUUUCAAGACGGCCAGUACCAACGACAAAAUUGCUCUCGAGGGUACACGCAAAUUUCUUCAACACAUUGAAAAUAUAAUAAAACACUAUCGCGAUAAAAAUGGCAAACGUAUAUGCUCCAAACUUAAACUGAAAAAGAUACACCGAGUCGAUAAAGUCAUUGAUUUACGAGGUUACCUCUCUAACGCCACUCUCGAGGGGUACUUUUAUCUUAUUGAGGUUAGCCCCGGUGGUGGCCUUUACGAAACUACCAUACACUAUCACGGUGCUGACAAUUUUACGAUCAACGAGGACGAAAUUAGUAGAAUCAAUUCGUAUGCCAGCAGCUCUACCUGCCUCGAUCACGGAUCCAAACGCUACUGUCACUGCAUUCACAAAUGAGAAUCAUCCUACAAAUUUCUUUUCUCCGCGAUAAUCCAUUUUUUCGAGAUAAUGGCGAGAUUCGAUCUUUCGCGCGACGACGCUACGGGAACUUUUUAUUUUAGAGACAAUAGUUUUAAGAUUAUACGUACGGUAUUUAAAAAAUGGUAGAACUGUUUUUAUUGAACUGUUACUGUUACUCAUUGAAAAUGCCAAUAGUCACAGUAAGGAAUUGCGGCGUACGAAUUAAAACGCUUCUUUUAUUAUACCGUCGAAUCAUCGCCAAGUCUCGAAAUAAAUGUAUACCACGAGCAAAAUGCUAUUAAACGAAAGCGACACAAGCCCAUGCGGAUAAUCAACGCGGUACGGAGUAUCGACUCGUCCAAUUGGUUAUAGUGCGAUCUCGCUGUGCGCUUGAUCAGCGAUGCCCGCUACACAAUAACACCCGAAUACGUGGCGCCCCACUUUCGAGCGAGUAGCCAUCCUACGUGCUGUUCGCUUUGCCUAUAAUCCAACCUGUCACAUUCGACUCAAACAUUUUCCGAAUGCCUCCGACUAAUCGGAAUCAAAUUUCAAAAUCAAGUAUUAUAUAGGCAUGCGGUGGGGUUUGCUCAACAAAACAAAAAAACGUUUCCGUUCCAGUGUCGGACUAUAGACACAAUGGAAGGGAUCGAUGGGAAAAUUGUUCAAGAAUAAGUCAUACAUAGCCGUUGGAUUUGACAAUAAACGUAGUAAAUUAGCCAAUUCUUUUACGACAAACACGAAUCCCCUUGUUACGUCGUUACAGACCGAUGCGACAAUGGAAAAAUGCUAAUUCCACGGAUAAAAGUCUCCGUGCACGUCUCUGAGUAUACAGUUUGUAUAUAGUUGUAAAAGAUUGUGCCGAUCUGACAUCGACAAUAUUGUAAACGAAUUGUAAACUUAUUUUUGUUCGUUUCAUAGUUGGCCCUAUCCCUGCAAGAGUCUCGAUUGUGAUUCCAUUGGUUUCCUUAUAACCUCAAAUUGGUCAAAUUUUAACGUGCCAAAAGAUUUGUGUUCGAUAGUAAUAACAUAUUUUGGUACUGCGUACUCCGUUGAAAAAUUUCUCUUCGUCAAAAAUUAAUUGCUUCUAGAUGAGGAAUUGAAGUAUACUAAAGCGAAAGAAAUAUUGUUUUCCGUCACACGGCGUGUCGUAAAAAUAGUGUAUAUACAGGCGUACGAAUAUAAGCAGGAAACGAAUAACAAUGACUGUACGAUGCGUGCGAGAUUUCUACGAGGCGUUAUUUCAUCCGGAAGAAUGAAGAAUUUUCGUAUUUUCGUAUGCUGUAAUGUAAAAUAAAUAAAGUGAUAUAAACGAA